AUGAACAAAAACGUGAUCGUCUAUAAAGACUGUUGCAGUAAACUGGAAAAAAUCGCUUCAAAACGGAGAAUUUAUGGAUCCGAGUCGGCUCUCAGGUUGAACAAAAAAGACUCCAAACUUGACGUGUCUAAUGAAAAUCUUGUUAAAGAAUCAAAAAACAAAAUUAAAAAAAUGCCGUUUUUUUGUGCCAGUAGUGCUAGCAAAAGUCAUAAUAUGUGUGUGAACAUACAAACAACUUUGUCCAUGAUAAAGCAAUUCCCCGGUCAAAGUUAUGAAGAUCAAGAUAGUUUAUUAAAUUCAUCUACUAACUUUAUUGUUGAAACAAAAUCGAACAAAAAUAGCGGAACUAGCUUAAUAUCACAGCAAUCCUCAGAUGUGCACAUUUGCCCAGCUACAUCGGAGGACAAAUUUAUAGACCAAGAGGAUGAUAUCGUAGAAGGUUUAAAUCCAAACCGGUGGGCAGUGAAACAAACCGAUGCUGAUAUAAAUCAUUCUGAGUGUGGGAUACGAAAAAACUCUUGUUCUUGUCCAAAUCGGUUCAUGGAAAGUUACCAUAAAGUAAUGGCUCCUUUUAUGAAGCAUUUGAAACGUAAACAAAAUUCAAUAGAACCUCCUCAAAAUCCUUACACUAAAGCAAAACUUGUACAACACUAUGAAUUGUUGUCCAAGCACAUGCAAGUGCUCAAACUAACUAUAGUCACAAUGAACAACGAAUUUCUAACAUUGACCGAAAAAUACAACAAACUCUACGAUCAACAUAUUCGGGAUCAAAACCAAAACCUCAUACCGAUAUUACUUGAUACUGAAGACCAAAUUAACGCAUUAAGAUCCAAGGUCGAAGAGGCUGUUGAUGUGUACAGAGAAGCAGCUUUUGUGAACACGGGAGAAGUAUCGAAUUCGUCAUCGAUUCUUUUGGCCGAUAUUGAAGCAGAUCAAAAUCGAAGACCCAAGGAAACGACAACAGUACAUUUAUCCAAAUUGUUACGGAGAAUUCAGUGCUUACAAGAAAAGCUCAAGACCGGCCAUUUCCUUCACGGUUGUGGCGAUCAGGCAGAAUAA